AUGAAAAAGAAUGAAAAAGAUAUACCAGAAUUAAUUUUAAAGUUGAUAAAACACUUGGAGAAUAAUCUACAGCGAAGUAUCAAAACACCAAAGACAGAAAACAAAUAUGAAGGUAGAUUACUUGCGACAACCAAUUAUGGAAUGCAUCCACCAUUUGAACAAUUUGUACCACCUUCAAAACCAAAUCGAUUUGGUCCAAUCUCUAAACAUCACACCACCCCUUCAUAUAGAAUUAGGUCACCUUUAACACCAUCCAAGGAUGAUAUAGCACUUGGACUAUACCAAGAAAAUAAUAAGGAGUAUCUUUUAAUUCAUGUUCCAAAUAUUUCAAACAUUAUGGAAACGAAUGAUUUUAUUAAUGGUUGGGCUGCUAAAAGAGGACAAGCUGUAGAACUGUCAAAAUCAAUAGUUCCAAUGAUACCAUUUGUAUUAACGGAUUAUAUUAGAAUGAAACCAAAUAUAUCAUCGAAAUGUUGGACAUUCCAAAUUGAAUUGGACAAGAAAACCCGUGGAAUCAAGACUGAUCCCGAGACUAUGGAAAUAUCGCAUUUCAAACUAUACCCAUCCAAAGUGGAUAAUAUAGUGAUGGUAGACUCCCCUACAGACAUGCCACCCCAACAACUACAACAGAUACAUCGCAUUUUAAAGAUGAGAAAUGGUAGUCGUACACAAUCACUCUUUUCAUCACCAGACUAUCGUGGUCGAUAUGUCUAUAAUAGCGAGACUGAUAGUCACGAGUUUGUAGCUUCGUGUUUGGCUAGUUUUAUGGUCACUGAAGCUACUAUUACAGCCAAUCAUCUGGCAUCUGUCUAUUGUCUUCAAAACAAACUAUCCAUUCCACAUAUUGGUCAACCCAAUCCAAAUCCAUCUCAGUUUCGCAUUGAAACACUCGGACGUGUUUACAACCAGAAAGCCGUUUUACACGAGUACUCUAAACUCUAUCGUCCAGAUAAAAUCACACUUUCCAACCAACGCCACUUCACAUACAACCUAUCUACAUACACUGGGUUUGCAUCACCCUCUUCCUACUAUCUCGACAUUUUCGUUCAAAAACAAAUAGCUGCAUUUCAAAUCGACCCUCAAGAAAUGGUCCUUUCCCAGGAUCAUCAAGCACUUGAAUCUUUAACCUUACAUCUUGAUAACUCAAUGAAAAGAAUUAGAGAUUAUAAUGAUAAAAUUAAAUAUAAAAUAUUAACAGAUAAUUUGAAACUAUCCAACAAACCAAUAGAAGGAUACAUGUUACCUGUAGAUGUCAACAAUGAACUCGUUCAAGGGUUCUUUAUCCCAUCGAUUGGAUUAUCUGUAAAUGUUUCAUUAUCUGAACCGAUGAAACCCAGCCGACGACUACAUAAAAUUAAUAUUGAUUCUAUCAUUGAAUAA